AUGUUAAGGAGAUUCUCUACUCAGUUCAAGCGGUCCAAGGACUCCAAGGACUCCAAGGACUCCAAGGACCCGAAAGACUCCAAUGGUGAAACCGAGCCCAAGAGCACAGAUAAGAGCAGCAAGCGCAUCUCUAAGGUGUCGCUAACUCGGAAAUCCACCUCUCACCAGGAGGAAAAUCACGUCGUGAAGCGUUCCGAGGUCGUUGCUGUAUUUGAGAAAUAUGCGCAAGCAAUUCACGCCUCGCAGGAUCCUCUACCCAACCAGACCGGCGAUAGCUCCUACUUGAAGCACGACAAAUCGGCCGGUCUCAUCAAUGACAUUAAGUCACUGGGAUUCCGUGAUGUCAACACUGUCAAAGAUCUCAUUGCGAGCAAAACCUCCGGUGAGCUUGUUGACGACAAGACCUACUUGAUGGAGCGCAUAAUCCAGAUGGUUUCGGAUUUGCCCGGCAACUCCAAGAACCGUGUUGAGCUCACCAGCGUAUUCUUGGAUGAGCUAUGGAACUCAAUUCCUCACCCGCCUCUCUCUUACAUGGGAGACGAGUACAAGUAUCGCUCGGCCGAUGGCUCAAACAACAACCCUACUCUCCCGUGGCUGGGAGCUGCUAAUACCGCCUACUGUCGCACCAUUCCUCCUCUGACCAUCCAGCCCAGCGGAUUGCCCGACGCCGGCUUGAUUUUUGAUACCCUCUUUGCUCGCCAGGAAUUCACUCCGCACCCCAACAAGGUCUCCAGUGUUUUCUUCGACUGGGCCUCUCUGAUUAUUCACGACAUUUUCCAGACCGAUUACCGCCAACAACACCUCAACAAAACCUCUGCUUACCUCGACCUCUCCAUUCUAUACGGUGAUGUUCAGGAGCAACAGGAUCUGAUCCGUUCCCACCAGGACGGAAGGCUGAAGCCUGAUUGCUUCUCCGAGGGUCGUCUGCAGGCCCUUCCUGCCGCCUGUGGUGUCCUGCUGGUUAUGCUGAACCGUUUCCACAACCACAUUGUUACCCAGCUGGCUGAGAUCAACGAAAAUGGACGCUUUAGCAAGCCUCGCCCUGGCCUGUCCGAAGAGGACACCAAGAAAGCCUGGGCCAAGCGUGAUGAGGAUCUGUUCCAAACUGGUCGUCUCAUCACUUGCGGUCUUUACAUUAACAUCACUCUCUAUGACUACCUGCGCACCAUUGUCAACCUGAAUCGCACAAACUCAACCUGGUGCUUGGAUCCCCGUGCCCAGGUGGAGAAGGCUGGUGCCACUCCUUCUGGUCUCGGCAACCAGUGCUCUGUCGAGUUCAAUUUGGCCUACCGGUGGCACUCGGCCAUCAGCCAGGGCGACGAGAAGUGGAUUGAGCAGGUUUACUAUGACCUCAUGGGCAAGCCUGCCGAGGAGGUCACCAUGCCUGAGCUACUGAUGGGUAUGAAGAAGGUUGAAGGCACGCUCGAGGCUGAUCCUUCUAAGCGUACCUUCGCCCGCCUGCAGCGUAACGCAGAUGGAUACUUCGAUGACGGAGAGCUUGUGAACAUUUUGACUUAUGCUACCGAGGAUGUUGCCAGCUCUUUCGGUCCCCGGAAUGUGCCUAAAGCUAUGCGCUCCAUCGAGAUCCUUGGUAUCGAGGCUUCGCGUAGAUGGAACGUCGGCUCUCUUAACGAGUUCCGGAAGCACUUCGGUCUAAAGCCUUACGAGACUUUCGAGGAAGUCAACUCCAACCCCGACAUCGCUAAUACUCUCCGUCACCUCUACGAGCACCCUGAUUAUAUUGAAUUGUAUCCUGGUAUUGUCACUGAGGAGGCCAAGGAGCCUAUGAUCCCUGGUGUUGGCAUUGCCCCGACCUACACCAUCUCUCGUGCUGUGCUGUCCGAUGCUGUUGCGCUUGUCCGUGGUGACCGUCACUACACCAUUGACUACAACCCUCGCAACUUGACCAACUGGGGUUACAACGAGUGCCGCUACGACCUCAACAUCAACCAGGGCUGUAUCUUCUACAAGCUGGCCACGCGCGCCUUCCCUAAUCACUACAAGCCUGACUCCAUUUACGCUCACUACCCUAUGACCAUCCCCAGCGAAAACCGCAAGAUCAUGAAGGAUCUGGGCCGUGAGCAGGAUUACUCCUGGGAUAAGCCCGCCUUCACUGAGCCUCGUGUCAACCUGGCGUCUCACCAGAAUGCCAAGCUACUGCUCGAAAAUCAGCGAGACUUCCGCCCCAGCUGGGCCCGCUCCAUGUCUGAGCUUUUCGGUAAGGGCGAGUUUGACACGAAGCAGCGCGAGGCUAUUGGCAAGGCUCUCAACACCGAGGAGUUCCCCAAGCUCGUCAAAACCUUCUACGAAGACAUCACUGAGCGCCUCAUUGCGGAGAAGGCUGGCCAUCUGGGCAAGAUCAACCAGAUCGAUAUCACUCGCGAUGUCGGCAACGUGGCCCACGUCCACUUCGCCUCUAGUCUGUUCGGCCUUCCCCUGAAGACCGAGCGGAACCCGCAGGGCCUCUUCACCGAACAAGAGAUGUACAUGAUCCUCGCGACCAUCUUCUCGGCGCUUUUCUUCGACGUCGAUGCACCUCGUUCGUACGCCCUGAACAGCGCCGCGUCCGCAGUCUCCACGCAACUCGGCCAGGUGGUCGAGGCCAGCGUCAAAUCCGACACCAACAAUGGUCUCUUCGCCGGCAUCAUGGACAGCUUCCGCCCACAUGACAACGCCCUCCGCGAGUUUGGAACUGAGGCCAUCCGUCGUAUGAAGGACGCCGGCUCCAGCGCCUCGGAGAUCACCUGGUCUGCCAUCGUGCCGACGAUCGUCGGCCUAGUCCCCAGCCAGGGCCAGGUCUUCACCCAGAUCAUCGAGUUCUACACCGCGCCCGAGAACAAGAUCCACCUUGCUGAGAUCCACCGCUUCGCGAAGACCAACUCAGCUGAAUCAGACGAGAAGCUGUACCGCUACUGUCUGGAAGCUAUUCGUCUGAACGGCACUUUCGGCGCCUUCCGCGAGGCCAAGGAAGCUGUCACCGUCGAGGAAGACGGCAAGAUCUACACCAUUCAGCCUGGUCAGCAGGUCUUUGCCUCCUUCAACCAGGCUAACCACGACCCCAGCGUCUUCCCUGACCCCAACCAGGUCAAACUUGACCGUCCCCUUGACUCAUAUAUCAACCAUGGCCAGGGUCCCACCACUGGCUUUGGCGAGCAGAUCACCAAGAUCGCGCUCAUUGCUAUGUUGCGUGUUGUCGGUAGUUUGCAGGGUCUUCGCCGUGCUCCUGGUGCUCAAGGCCAGCUUAAGAAGAUCGCCCAGGAGGGUGGAUACUCCGUUUACCUCCGCGGUGACGGAACUUCUUACUUGCCCUUCCCUAUGUCGCUUAAGCUGCACUGGGAUGCUCCCUCCGAGCAGAAGAAGGCUGCGUCUUCUUAA